UUUCAAGACAACAGAUGCGUAACAAACAUCAAUCAUUUGAGUUCAUUUUGUAAAAUUCAUCAAAUUUUGUACAAGUUUCACUUUUUUUUUUGUUUUCAAUAAAAAAAAAAUAAUUAAUUCCGUUUGUGAAAAAUAAAAUUCGAAAAAAAAUUCGAAAAAUGAAAUUUGCUAUUGAAGCUACAAAUUCAUACGACAGUAUUCCACCUGUUUAUCUUUAUACGGAACAAUUUAACAAUAAUUUACCAAUUUAUCACGAGGGUACAAAAUGGUUUGGAAUUUUUUUGGCAUUUCUCUCAGGUACAUUUUUUACAUUAAGCUCAGCAUUAGUUAAAGCAAUAAGAAAUGUUGAUCCAAUGAUAUUACUUGGUAUACGAGCAUGUUUUCAAAUGACAUUAAUGCUCAUUUGUGGAUGGCGUGAAACAAAUAUAUUUGGACCCAAGGGACAACGCCUUUUAAUUCAUUUUCAGGGAUUUGUUGGAGGAAUAACUCUUGCUCUUUUGUACUACAGUUUUCGAAAAUUACCCCUCGGCGAUGCAACGACAAUUAUUUUCAGCUCACCAGUUAUUGUCAUUGCACUUUCAUUUAUUUUUUUACGUGAACCAUGUGGUGUUCUGAGAAUUGCCGUUAUAACUGCUCUAUUAACUGGAGUCAUUCUAGUAUCAAGGCCACCUUUUAUCUUUGAGACGAGCAAAAUUGAAAAUUACGAUCUAAUGGGCUAUGUAUGCGCACUUUUGGCAACAUUAUUCACAGCAUUAAAUAUUGUUGUAAUGAGAAAAUGUGUUGAAAUUCAUUAUGCUGUAAUUGUUUUUAAUUUAUCAGCAUGGACAUUAAUUUCAGCGUCAACAUUUUAUUUAAUAAAUUCAGAAGGUCAUAUUAAUUUUCACUUACCUCACGAUUGGUUUACGUGGGGACAAAUUAUUCUUGUUGUCAUAACAGGACUCUCUGGACAAGUUUUAGUUGCGAAGGCAUUGAAAAUAGAGGGCGCUGGUAAAGUUUCUGUGACACGUUCACUUGACAUUAUACUCGCUUAUAUUUGUCAAAUUUAUUUCUUCGACGAAGUACCAACAUUGUCCAAUUUAUCCGGUGCAUUGCUCAUUUUAAUAUCGGUGAUUUGCAUGGGAUUCGAGAGAGAAAUCUAUGGGGUUUGUGAUUUUAUUCCUUGAAUUAUGCGUGAGAGAGAGAGAGAGACAGACAGAAAGAAAGAAAGAAAUUGUGUUAAAAAAAAGAGAAUUAGUGAAAAUGUAUUUAUAGAAAUGGUAAAAGAAAAAUAAAUAAUUUUCACAAUAUAA